AUGUCACGCUCGGUGCUUGCUGGGUCCGUACUUGCAGCUGCAGAAAACACCAUCUUCGCACUCCCAUUGCAGUGCUUGCGGACGAAAAAAUCUGAAAAAGGUUUCAAAAAUCGUGUUAGCAUUGCCCCGAGCAACCUUGAGAAAUUGAAGCAUUCUUGGGAAGAACCUCGUGCUACAUUACUUGAAGACAGCAAUGACUGGCUAUUUUAUGAGGAGCACCUUCCAGCAAAAACUUAUUAUAUCAGCCUCAUCAGCCACCGUCAGGCACAUCUGCGAUAUCAGCAAUAUUAUAAUGCAAGCAUCCGAGCCUCUCGCAGGAAGUUGAGCAAGAGGGAUCAGGCCGCUGCGAGGGAGAAAAUGCGUCAGGAAGCACAUGGUCUACAUUGUGCAUAUGACAAUCCUAUUGCUCACAAGUCCAAAUUGCAAGACCUCAAGUCCGACUUCAUCAGGGCGCACGGUUCUACAUGGCUGCAUUUUUAUCUGACGGAACUCGACGUCAGGAAGCGGGGCUUGCUCAUCAGCAGAAGCACUGAUCUGCAUUGCACUCACCAGCUUGUCGCCAUCUAUCACCAGGAAUUUGAGCUUCUACAGCAGGGCGCACACAAGUAUGAACAAGCCAUCACUGAUCAUGCCCUGACUAUCUUUGGGCGAGGAGUGAAUAAAACAUAUUUUAAGAAGGAGGAGCUGGGGCAAGUGACACCACUCGUGCCAAUCGUCGAGGCAUCUUUCGAAUCCGUGACUGCAGCCAGCUCGGAGUCCUCUGAGGAGGUUGACAUCAUGUUGAACAUCAGUGUAUCUGAGCCUGAGGCACUCGCCGAAGGCGAAGUGCAUGCCAUGGUUGAGGAAAUGCAGAAUGCAGCUGAAGGAGAGCAGCAUAAGACAUCAGAAGAAUUGAGUGCAAAACCAAGCCCGUACCUGAUGCCACUUCCACCAUCACCGCCUUCAGCAUUGCCGAACCCGGAGUACCCACAUAAGCUGAUGCCGAUGCCGGUGGAAGGCCUUCCCAAGCAGUGGCACCACGAUCACGAUGCGGAGAGCUCGAGCGAGGGUGAGGGCCCAGAGACGCCUCUGCCAGAUAUUGUGGCAUUUGCAAUGAACGUUGUCAUUUCGACGCUUGGGAAUGCGGUUGGUAGUGAGCCAGGGAAGGGACAGGAGCAGGGGCAGAAGGAGGGCCAGAGGCUUUUCAGUUGGGGCAUCGGGAUUGGGGGGAGGUUGAGCGGGCAUGCAGCAUAG